AUGAGCGACACGGAGAAAGCAUUAAAAUCCGUGGGAGGCUCCGAAACAAAAGAAGUGCUUACCAAAGGAGGUGUCAAAGGAUGGCUUACAGUGCUAAGCGGCUGGUGUGUGAUGCUUAACACAUUUGACUACAUCAGUGCUUUUGGCCCAUUCCUGAUUGACAAAAGCGAGUCCAAUAUUGCAUGGAUUGGCUCCCUGCAAGCCUUCUUCAUGUUCUCCGCUGGCCUCAUCUCCGGCCUGAUGAUAGAUGGCGAUAGACCGAAGAAUACAGCUCAUCCUAAUUCCAUGCUCAUGCUAUUCAUCACCUCCGUCAUGCUCACCUCCCUCUGCACCGAGUACUACCAAUUCAUCCUAGCGCAAGGCGUCCUACGCGGCCCCCCAAAUGGUCUCGCCUAUACGCCAGCCGUAACCGCCAUCAACCAAUAUUUCUUCCAGAAACGACCAAUCGAAGGGGAAUUACAUCUAGCGGAUCCUCCCUCGCAGGCGUGA